AUGUCGACACUCCUCCGCCGCUCAGGCAACCUAGCGCGACUAUCCCGACCUUGCCUCAACGCUGCCACAAGGGCACCACGCACAUUACGUACACGAGCACCAAUACCACAAUGUAUAUAUACUCAGCAACGGGCGCGAAGAUUUGCGACCGGGCCGCCGGAAGAGCCCAAGAACAAGAAGGAUGACGAGGCAACCAAGAAGGACAGCCAGGCAGACAAGCCUGAGCCUACAGAGUCUGUAAAGAAGGAGGGAGAGACUCAAAUGUCCAAACUUACACCAGAAGAGGAGAAGAUGCUGGAUCAACUAGUCUCCUUCGUGUCAAUGGGCGUCCCCAAAUCACAGAAGCAGAACAUCAAGGAGGCAAUGGAGGAAAUCAAGCGCACCGGAAUACCACCAGAGCUACGACAGGAGAUGGACAAGCUGGAGAGAGGCGAGAAGCUGGAUUUGGCCACCGCGGCCAAGAUCUCGCGGUUAACAACCAAUAUGGCCCGCAAGGCGGCUGAUCAGCAGAAGUUCAAAGAAGAUGGCUCUCAAGAACCACAUCAGAAGUCAGGCGCACAUGACCCAGGCCCAGGCACGGGCAAGGGUUCCAAGGGUGGCGCUGGCGGAGCUGGUGGACCUGUCGGGCCCAUGUUCGGCGGCGGUAUGGACACCAACACGAUUCUCAUCAGCGCCUUCCUCGCAUACAUCACAUACAAGACCAUCUUCCCAGGCGAGAAUUCCAAGGAGAUAACAUGGCAGGAGUUCCGAACGACCUUCCUAGACAAAGGUCUGGUCGAGAAGAUUGUCAUCUUGAAUGGCAACAGGGCAAAGGUCCACCUGCACCGCGAGGCUGUUGCGGGCAUGUACCCCGACUCGCCAUCCGUCAACCAGAACUUCUACUACUACUUCACUAUUGGAUCCGUUGAGGCUUUCGAGCGCAAGAUGGAUGACGCACAGUACGAGCUGGGCAUCCCCAGCUCCGAGCGCAUACCCGUAGCAUACUCGAACGAGAUCUCCUGGUUCGGCACCUUCUUGUCCUUCGGUCCUACUAUCCUCCUCCUCGGUUCGCUCUUCUACUUCACAAGACGUGCGGGAGGUGGCGCUGGCGGGGGUGGCGGCGUCUUCGGCAUGGGUAAGAGUCGCGCCAAGAAGUUCAACCACGAGACAGACGUCAAGGUCAAGUUCUCAGAUGUCGCCGGUAUGGACGAAGCCAAGCAAGAAAUUAUGGAGUUCGUCUCUUUCCUGAAGGACCCCAGCCGGUUCCAGAAGCUCGGUGCGAAGAUCCCCCGCGGUGCUAUUCUAUCUGGAUCCCCAGGUACUGGUAAAACCCUUCUUGCCAAGGCUACUGCGGGAGAGUCAGGUGUUCCUUUCUUCAGUGUCAGUGGUUCCGAGUUUGUCGAGAUGUUCGUAGGUGUUGGUGCAUCCCGUGUCCGAGACUUGUUCGCCAACGCGCGCAAGAGCACACCUUGCAUCAUCUUCAUUGACGAAAUUGACGCCAUUGGUCGUGCCCGGUCGAAGCAGAACUUCGGUGGUGGCAACGAUGAGCGCGAGGCUACUCUCAAUCAGAUCCUGACAGAGAUGGACGGAUUCAAUACCACUGAGCAAGUCGUCGUACUAGCUGGUACUAACCGACCGGAUGUUCUGGACAAGGCGCUUAUGAGACCCGGUCGUUUCGACAGACACAUCAACAUUGACAAGCCCACCAUGGACGGCCGAGCACAGAUCUUUGGCGUACAUCUGAAAAAGAUUAUUACCAACGAAGACAUGGAAUUCCUAAAGGGCAGAUUAGCAGCUUUGACACCGGGCUUCUCUGGUGCCGACAUCGCCAACUGUGUCAACGAGGCUGCUUUGAUCGCUGCCCGCGCUAACGCUGAGACCGUUGCCAUGGUACACUUUGAACAAGCCAUUGAGCGUGUCAUUGGUGGUCUCGAGAAGAAGUCACUUGUCCUUAAGCCUGAGGAGAAGAAGACUGUCGCUUACCACGAGGCUGGCCACGCUAUUUGUGGCUGGUAUUUUAAGUGGGCAGACCCCCUCCUCAAGGUCUCUAUCAUUCCCCGUGGUCAAGGUGCUCUUGGUUACGCUCAGUACCUUCCCAACGGCGACACAUACCUUAUGAAUGUAAACCAGCUGAUGGAUCGUAUGGCCAUGACACUCGGUGGACGUGUAUCUGAAGAGCUACACUUCGACACCGUCACCUCUGGUGCAUCCGACGAUUUCCGCAAGGUCACCCAGAUGGCCACAGCCAUGGUCAGCAAAUGGGGUAUGAGCAAAAAGAUCGGAUACAUCUACUUCGAGGACGGCGAAGGCCAGCAACUCACGAAGCCCUUCUCCGAAGACACAGCCAAGAACAUCGACAUGGAGGUCAAGCGUAUCGUCGAUGAGGCCUACAAGCAAUGCAAGGAUCUCCUUACCGAGAAGAAGCACGAAGUCGGCCUCGUAGCAGAGGAGCUACUCAAGAAGGAGAUGCUUGGUCGCGAAGACAUGAUCAGGUUACUCGGACCCCGACCGUUCGAAGACAGCCAAGAUUUCCAUAAGUACUUCUCUGGCGAGUACGGCAAGGCACCAGGAUACGUAGAGCCAGCAGGGGAUGGCGUCAAAGGGCCAUUAGUACCCCCCAGCCCAGCGACCUUCAAGGACUUGGGUGCCCGGAGAUGA